AUGGUGAUUCUCAACCUCAUCAUUGUUUUCACUGCCAAUCACUUUGGCCAGGUUAUCGAGGUGCCUGGCAUCUUACAAACCUCGUUCGAGAGCCGGGUCCGCCUGUUGUUCAACAAAGUUCGGGGGAAUCCUGAAAAGUAUUGGCUUUCAGACGCGGAUCUCAAGUACUUGGAGGCGGAAGUGCCGGUAGAGCAUGUCUUGCUGACAGACAAGAGCCAGACCGAUAGCACGCUAUGGUACGAUCCUCGCUUUACUCUUGCAGUGUACUUGAAUGAGCUUAUUCAAAACAACGACAAGGAAGAGAUGCCAGUAUACCCGUUUCAUUGGGCUGACUGGAUCGAUCUCACAGGCUUAAACAAGUACUUCAAGGAUCAGGACAAGAUGACCUGUAACAAGAUCAGGUCGAGAAUCAGAGGUAGACCUGACGUGAAUUAUUUCUGCAAGAACAAGCAGGACCUCUCGCAAGAGGAGAUUGAGCAAAUGGGGUUCACGUCCAUUGAACAAAUUCCAGAUGCUGUCAUUUUUGCUCAUUGUAAGCAUGAUCACAAUACCUACAACGAGCAUCGUUCUUUUAUGGCGAAAUCAUACGCCUUGACCAAUCUUCCUAAACCUUUGAAAGUAAUAAUUCUUAAUAAGAACUCCGGAACGUACGAAUUCUACGUUGAUCAGAGUAAGGGUCCCGAGCAGAGGCUCAAAAACUCUGGAUUAGUGGAACGCUUUAUCAAGCAGCAGCUAGGAUCAUCUGUCCAAAAUAGCAUCAAAUCUGCACUGACUUUCAAAAUCAAUCAUUUAAAAGUGUACAAGAAAUUGCUCAGCAAGAUCAAGCCAAAGACGUUGCCUGAGAGCGAUGACCCUUACAAAGUGUACGCCACGACUCACAAAAACAAGGGCGAUUUACCCUUGAACGCCGAGGCUUUCCACUAUGAUAGGUCCUCCGUUGAUGAUCAAAUAAAGCAUUACGAGAGCAAGAAAAACCUCACAGUAAUGGAACAAAACUACCUAGAUGGACUUCGUGAGUGCGCUCCCUACAAUGACGAGACUGAGAUUCCAUACUUCAAAGAACCAACUCUUAAUACAAAAGAAUAUCGCAAUAAGGAUAAUGAUGUUGGCUGGCAUUACGACUGGAGAUUCUUCACCGACGCUCUCAUGUACGACAAGGAAGGUUGGACCAGAGCGGAACGUGUCACCAGAACAAACAUCAUUUUGGAGCGUUUGUUAAGAAACUGGAGUCGGUUUGUGGAAGAAAAGGACCUUGUUUCGUGGAUUGAGCACGGACCAUUGUUAUCAUGGUACUGGAAUGGUCUCAUGUUUCCUUACGAUAAUGACAUUGAUGUGCAGAUGCCAGUCAAGGAGUUGUUGCGACUCUCGAGAGACUACAAUCAGACACUAGUACUCGAGGACCCUAGUGAGGGUUAUGGAAAGUUCUUGAUCGAUAUAGGCAGUUAUGUUCACAACCGAGGCAUUUCGAAGAAGGAGAACCACAUUGACGGAAGAUUUAUUGACGUCGAGUCGGGUAUCUACAUCGACAUCACCGGUCUUGCAAAAUCUGACGCAUCGCUUCCGCAGGAGUACAAGGAUAAUCCUAUCGUUGAGAAGCAGGAUGGAGACAUGGAAGCCGAGGUGUAUAAUGACAGAAGGAAGCAUUUCUACACCCUUGACCAGCUUCAACCUUUGCACUACUCAAUGUUGAGUGGAGUGCCAGUAUUCAUUCCACAGCAGAUUGAGAACAGAUUGAAGUUUUCUUACUCGAAGGGCCUUGACGAAUAUGAAUUCGACGGAUGGAUCUAUGUACCCAGCAUCGGCCUCUGGGUUCCUAAACAGAAGGUUACGGAGGUAUUGGAGAAAACGGAAUAUACAAAAGAAGGCAGCGAAGAAAGAGGAAUGCUCAUUGAAGCGAGCAAGAACUUGUCGGAAGAACAGACAUUGAAGCUUUUGCAAGACGAAGACACGCUUAUAGAGUACUUCUUGACAGCGGAUUUGACCGAAUUUCAUGCCAAGGAGAUGGACUUCUUGUUCGACAAAAAUGGCAAGGACAGCAAGAAGUUGACCGUUGCAUCCGUGCGAGAACGGUAUAAGAAGUUGACUACAAGCAUCCACAUGCAAAAGCCGAUGAGAAAGUGUCUCUUUGAGUACGAAAAGUACGACAGGGUUAAACACCAUCCUGAGCCAUCAUCAUGA